AUGGAAUCUGUAAGAGCGGUUUCCAGAUCCAAAACUUUGGUGGCAGAUCUUCAUCAAGCUGGCUUCAAGGCCAUCUGGAUGCUUGAUCCGGGGAUCAAACGGGAAGAAGGAUAUUUUGUUUAUGACAGUGGUUCUGAAAGAGAUAUCUGGAUUCAAACAGCUGAUGGAAAGCCUUUUGUUGGAGAGGUAUGGCCUGGGCCUUGUGUUUUUCCUGACUUUACACAAUCUAGAACUCGGUCAUGGUGGGCUGAUCUAGUUAAAGAUUUCAUUUCUAAUGGGGUUGAUGGUAUAUGGAAUGACAUGAAUGAACCAGCCAUUUUCAAGACUGUAACAAAGACAAUGCCUGAGAGCAAUGUUCAUCGUGGAGACGUUGAAUUGGGAGGCUGUCAAAAUCAUUUGCACUAUCACAAUGCAUAUGGCAUGCUGAUGGCAAGGUCAACAUAUGAAGGCAUGAAAUUGGCUAAUGAAAAUAGGCGUCCUUUUGUUUUAACUAGAGCUGGGUUUAUAGGCAGCCAAAGGUAUGCGGCGACGUGGACAGGAGACAACCUCUCUACUUGGGAGCAUCUUCAUAUGAGUAUCUCAAUGGUUCUUCAAUUGGGGCUCAGUGGUCAGCCUCUUUCAGGACCAGAUAUUGGUGGGUUUUUUGGAAAUGCGACACCCAAGUUGUUUGGGAGGUGGAUGGCUUUUGGUGCUUUGUUUCCUUUUUCUCGUGGGCAUUCAAGAGAUAAAACUGUUGAUCAUGAACCUUGGUCUUUUGGAGAAGAGUGUGAGGAAGUUUGCCGUUUGGCGUUGAAGAGGCGUUACCGCCUUUUGCCGCACAUAUAUACUCUUUUUUAUAUGGCACAUACUAGGGUACUCCAGUUGCAAGUCCUACUUUCUUUGCUGGUGGGAUGCCAUUGA